AUGUGCAGAGACCUAAGGCACCAGAACUCUCCAGCGCUCGCCAUCAUCAUCCAUUUCUUAGCGCAGCCUUGCCUCGCUCGAUUCACGAUUUUUAGACUCCUCCGGAUCAACCGCCGACUGCCCAGCAUGCCCCGCGCAAUCAGAGGCGUCCUGAUCGAAUGCGAUCCCUCCAUCAAGUCCAUCAUCGUCAACAUCGAUAGCGUCAACCACGACUUCAUCAUCGAAGAUUUGGACGAGGAGCGUGUCGUGGUCAAGGAAAACAUGGUUCACUUGCUCAAACAGAAACUCGAAGAUCGCCUGAAGGAGAAUCUUCCUCCUGUUGACGAGUCCGGUUCCGAAUAA